AGCAUUUUACAGCAGAAGUCACAAUAGCGACUCGAGGCGAAAGAGACGACGUGAAUAUUUGUAGCUGACUAGCUAGCUGCUACAACAUUACCUACAUUUUAGUUAAUUGUGUUUGGCUAGUGUCACUGCUGAAUAUAAGGACAAGACUCGGAAAACAACGAUUUGCUGUAUCGUUAUUUAAUACGGGGCAGACCACUUCACCCCUUCCUCCUUGUAAAUCCAGAAUAUCAACACAACAAAGAUGGAGGCGCUCCAUGCUCACUGCCUGAACUGUGUGAACAGGAGGUGUAUGAUCCGCCCAGAGACUGGUGUGUCCUGUGAUCUCAUUUGCUGCCCUCUCGUCUGUGGAGCUGUCUUCCACUCCUGCAAAGUGGAGGAGCAUCAUUUACUAUGCCCGUUUGAAAGAGUGCCUUGCCUCAACACUGGAUUCGGGUGCCCAUUCACUAUUGCUCGGAUCAAGAUGGCUGAACACCUAGAGACGUGCCCAGCCAGUGUGGUGUGUUGCACCAUGGAGUGGAACCGUUGGCCUGUGAGCUAUUCAGACAGGAAGUCCUAUGAGCACCUGAGCAAUGUUGAAGUGGUGGAGCAGCUAGACAUGGCCCUGGCUCUGCAAGAUCAGAGGAUGCUACUGGAGUCCCUCCGAGUCACCACCAACACAUCAAGGAACGGGUAUAAUAAACCAGCUGUGGAAACGAGUGAAAAGAUGGCUGAUGUAGUGUCAAGUGUUCCAGACACUGCAGUAAGUAAUGGGAUCGUUGAAAUAGACGAGGCUGCUGCUUUGACUAAUGGAGUGAUUGAAAUGGAUGAUGAGGAUUCCUAUAUUGCAGUACACAAAAAAAACUUAGCUGCAACCUUGGACGUUCUCAGAAGUGCAAAGGACAUUAACUUGAUCAAUGGAAUUAUAAAUGGGGAAAAGACUGAGAGAAAUGGGGUUCUCCAUAAUGGAGAGAACAGUGAUGGUGGUAAUCAUGAUGACUUGAAGAAUGUAGAGAUGAAGGAGAGUGACACAGAGUUGGACUGUGACCUCGGAGCAGUGGGCGGCGUGUCCGUGGACUGUGGAGUCGGAACCGACAGACGGGGAGACGAUGAGAGCUACUGGAUAGAGCUCAAUGAACUAAUCAAGUCUUCAGAGGAAACGGAGAAGGAUGGCAUGAUGGGUCUAGCAGAGGUGGGUCCUCCUCCCCUCAGUAACGGUUUCCACCAUACAGGAGACGGCCACGAUCGCUUGAGACGACGUGAGCGGAUGGAUCUGAGCAGAUCUCCACCCAGACGCUCUGAAGUCAACAGGUCUUCAGACUUCAGGCCGGUGAUGCCUUAUCUCUCCAUGCCUAAUAUAGUAACACCACGGGAGCCCUCUGGCCCCCACCCUCCACCACUUCCCAUCCACCUGCCUCUUCCCAUGCCUCUCCCUAAUCUGGAACCCUACAAUGUGCUUCAGCACCUGCCCUUAGAGAUCGAAGACAGGUGGCUGGAGAGGAAACUACAGAACCUCCAGGUGCUCAGAGGGAUGAGUGUGUUUACGUUUAACGGGCGCAGGGCUAUGAUGUCUGACCCCUAUCUGUUCAGAGCUAAAAUGGAGGACAAGUCAGUGGACACCUCAGACCUGGAGGUAACUGACGAUCCAUUGGGGCUCCAUGGGAUCGACCUGAUCACGGCAGCGCUGCUCUUCUGUCUGGGGGACUCCCCUGGGGGCCGCAGCAUCUCAGACAGCAGAUUUGUAGACGGUUACCGCGUCGACUUUGGUACCCAGACCUUCUCCUUCCCCUCGGCAAUACUGGCCACUAACACCAUGGUGGGGGACAUCGCCUCAGCGUCGGCCUGUGAUCACGCCAGCCCACAGCUCUCCAACCCCAGCCCCUUCCACACCCUCAGACUGGACCUGGUUCUGGAGUGCGUGGCCCGCUACCAAACAAAGCAGCGCACCAUGUUCACCUUUGUGUGUGGACAGCUGUUCCGCAGAGACGAAUUCUCCUCGCAUUUCAAAAAUGUUCACGGUGACAUCCACGCCGGGUUGAACGGCUGGCUAGAGCACCGCUGUCCUCUGGCCUACUACGGCUGCACCUACUCCCAGAGACGCUUCUGUCCCUCCGUGCAGGGCUCCAGGAUCAUCCACGAUAGACACCUGGGCUCGUUCGGGGUGCAGCCGGGUAUGCCUCCCCAGUUCGGAGAUAAAACUCUCCCCAGGAAUGCCUGUCGGUUCGGCUCCACCUGCGACCACCUGAGCUCCUUGCCCUUCGAGGUGCAACAGUAUGUGGCCAGUUUCCUGGAUGGCUUCAGCCUGUGCCAGCUGUCCAGGGUCUCCCGGACCAUGAGGGAUGUGUGCGCCAGCUUACUGCAGUCCAGAGGCAUGGUGGUGCUUCUCUGGGAGAACACAAGACGGGCAGAUGGGUCCUCCUCAUGGCAGAUCCAAAACAAGGUGUGGCGAUUCAGUACGGCCUUCGGUACGGUGAACGAGUGGAAGUUUGCCAACAUCGCCAAUAUGGCCGAACAUCUGAAGAAGUGCAAGUUUAACACCAUCACCCGUCGGGACGAGGCUAUCCCUCUGCCCUGCAUGUGCUUCACCAGAGAGCUCACCAAAGAGGGACGCUCACUGCGCUCAGUCCUCAAGCCAGUAUUAUGAGUUACCCUAUAACAGGGUUGGAGUCCAUGGUUACGUCUGAAUUGGCAGCCUAUUCCCUAUAUAGUGCACUACUUUUGACCAGGGCCCAUAGAUAUAGAGCGGCAGGUAGCCUAGCGG